AUGACCGCCAAGGUCACCGAGAUGUUCACACAACGGCAAUCAAACGAGGUCAACAUCCAGAAUUCGAUAAACAGCCAUGCCGCUCUCCUGCAACAGCAGGCGCAACAGCAGCAGCAUCAGCAACAACAGCGUAUUAUGCAAAUGAACCAAAACGCCCUCCAGGCCCAGGCCCAGGCCCAGGCCCAGGCUCAGGCCCAAGCACAGGCCCAGAUGAACAUGGGCCAGAACCCUCAGCAUCCCUUCCAGCACCUGCAGCGCCCGAUGCAGGCCUCCCCGAUCCCCGGCCAGCCUGGCCAGCCGAUGCCGAUAGGAAUGACCGCCAUGGGCGGUCCGAACCGCAUGCCCAUCAGGCCUCCCGGGCAGGAGCAGGGGAACGUGCCCGGCAUAUCGAUGCAGGACAAGGCGAAGAUCUUGGAGCUCGCCACAAAGAUGAUGGCUCAGACCCCGGAUGCGGCAAAACAGCAGCUCAGGAUAAACUUGCAGUCCAAGAUGGAUCCUCAACAGCUGCAGAGCAUGCGGGUGCGAGGAUUGGACCCUCUAUUGCAGUACUUCCAACACCAGGCGCUCGCCCAGCUGCAAAGACAGGCGGCCGCAGCUAGGAGACCGAUGCCCCAGAAUCCCAACGCCCCGCCGGGAGCAAUGCACCAACUCCAGCAGCAACGCCCGAUGAACCCUGGCGUGAUGGGUCAAAUGGGUGCGCAGAUCAGCCAGUUCAACAUGGACAGCAUCAUCGGCGAGCAGAACAAGGGCUUACUGGCCCAAGAACAGGGGCAAACCGUUGUCCCUGCCAGCAUGCCCCCGAACCGGACUCCCCAACCCGGCAUGAACUUGGGGGCACAGGGCAUGCCAGGCUCGCAGCCAGGCCAGCCCCAGCGACAAGGGCAGAUGCAGCAGCCCUUUGGUGUGCAGCAGCAGCAAACGCCGCAGAUGAGGGCCGCCCAGGCCCAGGCUCAAGGGAACAAGCCACUACAGGGCCAGCCGGGCGGGCUUAGCGGGCCGCCACCUGCAACCCAAAGCCCGGCCAUGAAUACGCUCAACUCGGGCACCCCGAUCCGCCCCCCUGGAUCGGCUGGCCAGAUGAACGGCCCAACCAUGGCGGGCAUGGAUCCGCGCUUUAAUCCUGCGAACCACCGAACCGCUAUAUCCGUGGGCGGCAAUGUCAACAGUAUCAACCAAAUGCUGCAGGCGAUGGAACCCGCAGACAGAGCACAGUUCAAGGGUCUCAGCCACGAACAGAUCACUGAGCUGAUGGCUCGAUGGCAGGAGUCGCAGCAACAAGCAAAGAACAUGGGUGCGGUAAUGGGUGUGCGACCCGGCCAACCCCAGCCUAGCCACCAGAUCAUGGCGAACUUGGGCGAGGGUGGCCCCAUGGCACGCCAACAGGCCCUUUUUCAACAGCAGCAACAACAAAGGCCCCAAAUGCAAACACAGAGCACCCACCAGGCAUCCAUGGACAGCAUGGAUAUCCCUCCACAAGUGGCUCAGUUGCUUGGUCAUGUCCCCCCUCCUGACGUCAAAAAAUGGCACCAGCUUAAGAUGUGGAUUUCCCAGCAUGGCGUGUCUCCACAGAUCGAUGCUACCCUGAAUCGUCUGCAACUAGCCCAAUUCACGAGCCUCUUGAGGAAGCAGCAAUUUCAGCACCAACAGGCUCAGGCUCAGCAAGCGCAGCAACAGCAGCAACAAGAAGCGCAACAGCAGGCACAACAGCAAGCACAGCAGCAAGCGCAACAACAAGCACAACAGCAAGCACAUCAACAGGCGCAGCAGCAGCAAAGAGAACAGCAGCAGCAGAGAGAGCAGCAGCAACAAAGGGAGCAACAACAACAGAGGGAGCAAGCGCAACAGCAAGCGCAGCAGCAGCAACAGCAGCAGCAGCAGCAGCAGCCACAGCAGGCGGGGCCGCCUCCUCAACCAACACCCCCCCAGCAAACGCAGUCUCAGCCCAACAUGAGCCACCCUCAGUCGCAACACCCCCAGAUUCCAGGUCAGGGCCCCGGAGGUCUCAGCGGAAGGCAGAUCCCAGGAUUAUCACCAAAUUUCCUGGCCAACAUCCCGCCUCACAUAAUACAGCCGACCCAGGAUGAAAUCAACACCCUUCGCAACCACCCGAAGAUGGCUGGGGCGCCACUCGAGGCCAUCGUGAAUCUCGCUAGGCAGGUUAAGAUCCGCGAUUACGUGAAGAAGAUGCAGGCACAACAGGCCCUCAGGGCAUCAACCCAACAACAGCCAGGGCAGGGACAGCAGGGGCCCCCGCCCGCAGCUGAUGGGCAGACAUCCAUCCAGACUGGCCAAAACCAGUCACCCGCGCAGAGACCAGCCGUUCCUACCUCAGCGGCGGUUCCAGCGCCUGCCUCGGACAAAAAGCCCGCGGUGUCGGCAGUACCACCCGUCGGUAAUAGGAACAACAUGCCGAGCCGUGCACCAGCCCCAGGCCCAUCUCCUGCACAGACACAACCAAGGAACCUCAAGCGUCCUAGCCCGGACGAGCCGACAGAGGCCGCUCCUCAGCACCAGACUAUCACAACCCAGCAAAGGGCUCAGAAUCCCAAUCAGCCAGCUCAACGUCCGCUCGGUGCGAAUCUGCCUUUCCUCACGCCGGACCAGAUAGCGCGCCUCGCCCCCGAACACAAAGCGAAGUACGAGGCCAUGAUGAAGAAGAAUGCCGCCCAGCCGGAGCAGCCCAUAACGCAAGAGCAGUAUAACCGCCUGAGAACCAUUAUGGGGACAGAAAUGGCACGAAACGAGCAAUUCCCGGAAAUCCCCAUGUCGAAUGCGGAGAAGGCCGAAAUGGCACGCAAGUUCAAGAGCGUGGUGGACUUUUUCACGAAGAUGAAUAGGAGCAUUGCGCGUUGGUACUCUAUCACGGAAGACGACGCCCGCGCCCGAAUGUACUUCAGGACGAGAUGUCGCAUUGCCAGCCAGUUUGCGGACGGUGAUCGCUUCACCCGCCUCAACCAGUCCUUUUCUAUGAACAUUGGUGACCUCGACCAGGCGCUGGAAAUGAUCAACAACAUGAUCAAGGACAUUGGUAACUGGUAUAAGGAACGAGGAGAGGCUGGCAAGCCGCCGGGUAACCAGCAGCAGCCCCAGGCAGCACAACCCGCGCCUCUGAGCGCGGCCAAUCUCUUGGAAAACACCAAGGCACACACGCAAAUGCACCAGCGAUCAAACAGCAAGGGCGGACAGGCACCGGCGGCCCCAACGUCUAGCCAACAGCCCUUCUUUGGCGCGAGCUCCCCACACGGACAGCCGGCGUACCUUAACAAGCCCACAGUCACGAUCGACUCGCUGAACCCUCCUCCUCCCAAGAGGAAGAAGGUCAACCCUCAGCAAGCUUCGUCACCCGCGGUUCAGUCCAGCACCGCCUCACCGCAGACCAAGCCGCCAUCGCCUGAGAUUAGGAGACAAGCACAGCCGGAGCCCCCGAAGCCACCACAGACGCCCAUGAUCUCGUGCAGCGAACCGGGCUGCGAAAUGAGCUCGGUGGGAUUUGCUACUGAGGAGGCGAGGAACUUGCAUAUCCAAGAGGAGCACGUGCGACCCAACGAGGACCCUCUCAAGUUUUUCCAAGAGAGCAUAGCCGCAAGCCUGGGUUUGGACCCCCAAGGGCACGCCAAGAACGCCCCGACCAAUGGCCCGGCUCAGCCCUCGGCUCCGCCCAUGGCCAUGACGUUGUCAAGGCAGGGGCAACCAGGCGGAAGGCUGGACUCGACAACGGCGACGCCCAUGUCGAGGGCCGCGUCGAUGAACCGACAAGGGAGUGCGGCCGGGCCGGGCCCUAUGGGCAAUGUUCAGGGCGCCAUGGGCGCAGGCACUCCGCGAACGACCGACGCCAAUAUCGGGGACGGUCUGCCGUUUGGAGACGACGCGUGGGCCGGGGCCAAUGUCGACCCACAGGAUCUUCUCUCGGCCUUCGGCUCUCUCGACUCGUCGGGAGGCGGCGUGAUUUCGGACCCGAGCCUGUACCGGGCGCUGACACCCAAUGACACGCCCGAGAGUAAGGACAGCGGCUCCUCUGAACCCAAUAGCGACAUCUCGGAGGGCGCCAACUUGGACAUCGACGUCAACUGGGCUCCCGUGGAUCAGGACUUCCUCGUGGACAUGAACAACAUCACGAUGGACACUAUGGACAGCAUGGACCCUGCGUUGGCAGCGAUGCCGGCCUGGGAAGAUGUGUCGAGCGACUUUAACAAGCCGUUCAACUUCGACACUACCGGCCUCUACAUGUUGGAUACGAACUAG